ACUCAGUCAAGUUAGGUGUCUUUCUUCUAGGGUUUUAAGGUUUCGGCACAGUGUCACGAAUCUUUCUCUCUCUCUUCUUCAAUAGACACAUAGCAAUCAUGGCUACCGAAGAGAAAGAGGUCCUCGCCGCCAAAUUGGAAGAACAGAAGAUCGAUCUUGAUAAGCCUGAAGUUGAGGACGACGAUGACAACGAUGAGGAUGACUCAGACGACGAUAAAGAUGAUGAUGAUGCGGAGGGGCAAGAUGGAGAGGGAGGAGGAAAGUCAAAACAAAGCAGAAGUGAGAAGAAGAGCCGCAAAGCCAUGCUCAAGCUCGGUAUGAAACCCAUCACCGGUGUCAGCCGUGUCACCGUCAAAAAGAGCAAGAACAUCAUGUUCGUCAUAUCAAAACCUGAUGUCUUCAAGAGCCCAGCAUCAGACACAUACGUAAUCUUCGGAGAGGCCAAGAUCGAAGACCUGAGCUCUCAGAUGCAGUCGCAAGCUGCGGAGCAGUUCAAGGCGCCGGAUCUCAGCAACGUGAUCAAGGGCGAAUCGUCGUCGUCCAGCGCUGCUGCGGUGGUGCAGGAUGACGAUGAUGAGGAAGUCGACGAGGAAGGUGUUGAGCCAAAGGAUAUUGAGUUGGUGAUGACACAAGCAGGUGUGCCCAGGCCAAGGGCCGUGAAGGCUCUCAAGGCUGCUGAUGGAGAUAUCGUCUCUGCCAUCAUGGAGCUUACCACCUAAAACCAAAAACCUUUUCCAACUUUAGAUGUGGUUUUAACUUGAGUUAUAUGUGUCCCAGAGAUUUUCAAGUUUUUGUUUCUAUCUUGAAGUGAUUUUCAAUGUUGUAUCAGUAUUACAGUUUGGUUUGUUAUUCAAUUAUCAAGCGUCAGUGGUGAGUUUCAGACAA